GGAGGGGGCGGGGGGUUUCACUUCCGGGACGGUGUUCCGGCCCAUUCCGGCCCAUUUCUACCCCCGGAGCUUCACCCCUCCAGGGCCGACGCUAGAGAAAGACUGUCCUCCCGGGCCUCCUCCUCACUGGGGAAUUGCCGGACAGAGCAAACAAACAAACAAAAAAGGCUCCAAAAUAAACUCAUCCGAAUUCCUGAUGGCGUCGACCGAGCCUCUUACGGGAGUAAAAGUUCCAAAACAAACAAUAACGCUUUGGAAAAAGGGUUGAAUGCCUGCCUGUUCCUUCAGGCACGACCAUGGAGAAAAGUGGGAACAUACAAUUGGAGAUCCCUGACUUCAGCAAUUCUGUCCUGAGCCAUCUAAACCAGCUGCGCAUGCAGGGCCGCCUCUGUGAUAUUGUGGUCAAUGUACAAGGACAAGCUUUCCGGGCUCACAAAGUAGUACUGGCUGCCAGCUCCCCCUAUUUCCGGGACCACAUGUCCUUGAAUGAGAUGAGUACUGUCUCCAUUUCUGUCAUCAAGAACCCUACUGUUUUUGAACAGCUCCUUUCUUUCUGUUACACAGGGCGGAUAUGCCUGCAACUGGCUGAUAUCAUCAGUUACCUAACAGCUGCUAGUUUUCUGCAGAUGCAGCAUAUUAUAGAUAAGUGUACACAAAUCCUGGAGGGCAUUCAUUUCAAAAUCAAUGUGGCUGAGGUGGAAGCAGAAUUAAGCCAAACUAGGACAAAGCAUCAAGAGAGACCUCCAGAGUCUCACAGAGUCACGCCAAAUUUAAACCGCUCACUUAGCCCACGACAUAAUACCCAAAAGGGAAACCGCCGAGGACAGGUUAGUGCUGUGCUGGAUAUCCGAGAAUUAAGUCCCCCUGAGGAAUCUACCAGCCCUCAGAUAAUUGAGCAGAGUUCUGAUGUAGAGAGCCGGGAGCCCAUUCUUCGUAUCAACCGAGCAGGACAGUGGUAUGUGGAGACGGGAGUGGCAGACCGGGGCGGCCCAAGCGAUGAUGAAGUGAGGGUUCUUGGAGCGGUGCACAUCAAGACGGAAAAUCUAGAGGAAUGGCUGGGGCCUGAGAAUCAGCCUUCUGGAGAAGACGGGAGUAGCGCCGAGGAGGUCACAGCCAUGGUGAUUGACACCACGGGCCACGGCUCCGUAGGACAGGACAGUUACACCCUAGGGUCUUCAGGAGCCAAGGUGGCUAGGCCCACAAGCAGUGAAGUUGACAGAUUUAGCCCGUCCGGCAGUGUUGUUCCCAUGACUGAGAGACACAGAGCCAGAAGUGAAUCUCCUGGGAGAAUGGAUGAGCCUAAGCAACCCAGCUCCCAGGUAGAAGAGUCAGCAAUGAUGGGAGUAAGUGGCUAUGUAGAAUAUCUCCGAGAGCAGGAAGUAUCCGAGCGGUGGUUCCGGUACAACCCCCGUCUUACCUGCAUCUAUUGUGCCAAAUCUUUCAACCAAAAAGGGAGUCUGGACCGUCACAUGCGCUUACACAUGGGGAUCACACCAUUCGUCUGCCGUAUGUGUGGCAAGAAGUACACUAGGAAAGAUCAGCUAGAGUAUCACAUCCGAAAGCACACAGGCAACAAGCCCUUUCACUGUCAUGUCUGUGGCAAAAGCUUCCCCUUCCAGGCAAUCCUGAAUCAGCACUUUCGCAAAAACCACCCUGGCUGUAUACCGCUGGAGGGGCCGCACAGCAUCUCUCCUGAGACGACUGUCACAUCUCGAGGACAAGGUGAAGAAGAGUCACCUUCACAGGAAGAGACAGUUGCUCCUGGGGAAACUGCCCAGGGUUCUGUGUCCACUACUGGGCCAGAUUGAAACAGUGAGGGGGAAGGGGCAGACCCUCUUCCCCUUGGGCUGUACGCAGCCCAUAUCAGGGCCAUGGACUGGUACUUAGCUUCACAAAAUGCCACAUCAUGAGACCAGAAGAUUGCUUCCAAGAUGUUGCCAAACUAGAGGAUCGGCAGUACACAAAAGCACUAAAAGCUCUACCCGCCUCAUUCCCACACCACACUUUGGAAAAUAAUUGAGCAAAUCAACUUUCUAAUUCAGGGAUCAACAGCCUUGGUUUGUUAACUUUAUAAGAAAAAAAUACCUUUUUUAAACAAAACUGAUCAAUGAUCAUUUAUCUACCCUUCAUGUUUGAACACUGUACUUCAAUCCAUAUCAUCUUGGUGGCUGUUACUGCCCAGAUCUUUAAAAAAAAAAAAAAAAUGGAACAGGAGCCUUGGCCAUCUAAAGCAACCAACAAAGAGAGAGAGAAGGUAGUCAUGAUAGUGAGGAGGAAUGCCUCCUUUUCCCUUCCCUGCCACACUUGCAUCUUCACAUUUCAGAAGAACAAAGUGAAUGAAGAUUGGUGGUUCUUACUGUUCUGAAAGGUUAGACAUUAUCUUUGCCCUAACUAGGCAUCUAAUACUUUGCCUGAUUGCUUCA